GUUGAACGCUUUAGCACCGUGGAAGUUUGGAAUGUUGUUGAACUCGUUAGCACAAUGGAUGUUUGGAAUGUUGUUGAACUCAUCAGCACGGUGGAAGUUUGGAAUGUUGUUGAACUCGUUAGCACAAUGGAUGUUUGGAAUGUUGUUGAACUCGUCAGCACGGUAGAAGUUUGGAAUGUUGUUGAACUCGUGAGUACAGUGGAAGUUUGGAAGGUUGUUGAACGCGUUAGCACAGUGGAAGUUUGGAAUGUUGUUGAACGCGUUAGCACAGUGGAUGUUUGGAAUGUUGUUGAACGCGUUAGCACAGUGGAAGUUUGGAAUGUUGUUGAACGCGUUAGCACAGUGGAAGUUUGGAAUGUUGUUGAACUCGUCAGCACGGUGGAAGUUUGA